AUGCCACAAUUUUCAGUAGAUCUCUGCCUUUUUGACCUAGAUGGGACCAUUGUUAGCACAACAACCGCAGCUGAAAGUGCCUGGAAAAAACUAUGUCGUCAACAUGGGGUCGAUCCGGUUGAGUUAUUCAAGCAUUCCCAUGGUGCAAGAUCACAAGAAAUGAUGAAGAAAUUUUUCCCAAAAUUGGACAAUACCGAUAACAAAGGUGUUCUUGCUUUAGAAAAGGAUAUGGCUGAUAAUUACUUGGAUACUGUGAGCCUUAUUCCUGGUGCAGAAAAUCUGUUAUUAUCCUUAGAUAUAGACACCGACAGUGGAAAGAAGUUGCCUCAAAGGAAAUGGGCCAUUGUUACCUCUGGUUCUCCUUAUUUGGCAUUUUCAUGGUUCGAGACAAUACUGAAAAAAGUUGGGAAGCCGAAAGUUUUCAUUACCGGAUUCGAUGUGAAGAAUGGUAAGCCGGAUCCUGAAGGUUAUGCAAGAGCUCGUGAUUUAUUGCGUCAAGAUUUGCAACUAGCUCAUAAACAGGAUUUGAAAUACGUGGUCUUCGAAGAUGCGCCCGUGGGCAUAAAGGCCGGUAAGUCAAUGGGCGCCAUUACCGUGGGUAUAACAUCUUCCUAUGAUAAGAGUGUUUUAUUUGACGCUGGUGCGGACUAUGUGGUUUGUGACUUGACACAGGUUUCCGUGAUCAAGAACAAUGCAAAUGGUAUUGUCAUUCAAGUAGACAACCCUUUGACAAGGGACUGA